GGAAUUGCAUACGAUUCAUUAAAAAACAUUGAUUUACAUAAUUAUAUUAUCAUCAUUAUUACCUCUUUUUUUUGUUGCUGUAUUGUGACUCAAUUUUGUAUAUGUGUACAAUAUAGUCUUUGUGACAUAUUACCACUGUUUUGUCGGUUUUAACAACUAUACUUUAGGUCAAGAAUUUUCUUGCUCUUACUAUCAUCGUUAUAUAAUCGUCAAAUUCGUUUUUUUGCUUCAUUGACAAUUGCAUAAACAUGGAUUCAGAUGACCAAUACGAUGAAGAGGAAUUACAUUCCUUUUUGUUGACUGAGAUACGUUCCAAUUUGAAUUUGGACAGUGAAACAUUGGAAGAAUCAUGGAAAUCUUUUCGUUCCAUCAGUGUCAAAUAUAUUCUUGAAGGCGAUAAGAUGGAUUGGCUUGCUUGUGCAUUGUACAUAUCUUGUCGAAAAUGUACUACACAAAUGGGUCGUGGACAAGCUCGUAUCGAAGGCAAUAUGGUCUCUUUGACGCGCAUUCUUCGUUCCUGUAAUAUCAGUCUUGUGCGGUUCUUUAACAAGAUUAAAAAUUGGAUCGACAUGGCUGGUUCUUCCGUUGAUUUAAGAAAAAAAAUAGAACAAAUUGAAAAAAAUUUCAAUGUCACAUCGGUUAUAUUCAAAAAAUAUAAGCCGAUAUUUGAAGAAGUGUUCAAAUGUCCUAUCCCUCCUUGUAGAUUCAGCCCGAAAAUUCGUAAAAUUCGCAAGCAACCAUUAAAUUCAAUGGAUAUUUUUACGUUUUGUUGGACAUUAUUCGUCUUUGUCAAAUCUCGUUUCUCCAAAAUCGGAGAUCAUUUGGUCAACUCUUAUCAUUUACUACUUGUUUGUAUUGAUUAUUGUUUCUCAUCGGUACUCUCAUUUGACAAUUAUCGUGAUAUUGUCAACACGAAUUUUUAUGAUAAGCUAACAAAAGAGUUUAAAAAUGAUCUUCGAUCAUUGAACAACAAUGAACGCAUUUCUAUCAUAGAUACUCUUUGUGAAAAAUUCAAUGGCAUCCCUGUCGAAGUCAAGCAUAUUCGACAACAUUGGUUUAAAUCUUUGCUAAAUAAAUUGAUUGACAACAAUAAUCUUCGAAAACGAACUAAUGGUAUCAUCGAUAACGAUGCUAUUGAUUUUAACUACAAAUACAUUAAAAAAGAGUACGAAGAUUUUGUUCUGAGUGUCGGGGAUUUCGAUGAAUGUAUCUUUCUAAAUGAGGCUGCGAGCAAAGAGCUUGGAACUGCAGAACUUCAAUCCCAAUUUGAGAUAGAUGAAAAAUUGUUUCAGCAGCAGCAACAAGUAUCGUAUGAUAAUAAUUCAAAUGGAACAUUGGGUCUAGCAACACCGUUAAGCUCCAAACAGUAUCUUGAUUCAAGAACGCCAGUCAAGCAAGUAUUGACUCCAAUAUCGGCCGCAACAACAUCAAUUAGUCGGUUGCAUUCUAUAUUGAAGAAUCAUACAAAUGAACCAAGCAAAGAUUUGGUACGAAUCUUCGAAAAGUGUGACAAAGAUCCGCAAACAAAAAUCAAGGACAUCAUCAAAAGAAUGGGAGAUAUAUUUUCCGAAGCUUACGCUAAAAGUAAUCAAGAUCAAUCAAUCAUUCGUUCGAAUGAAGAAUUUCAAUGCAUUAUGACGUCUGGACAUGAAUUUGCCAACAAACGUCGUGUUUUUGCUGAGACAUUUUUCUAUUAUAUAUUCGAAAAAAUUUUAAAAGGUGAAUUAUCGAAACGUAUACCUCAAUCAAAUUUAUCGCAGUCAUUGUCGAAAAUUGUAUCGUCAGAUAUAUUGAUUCGUUCAUUGUACGCCUGUUCAUUGGAGAUAAUUCUUUUCUCUUAUAACAUUUGUAACCGAGUGUUUCCAUGGAUUUUGCAGAUUUAUGAUGACCAUCCACAACUUAAAAUUCCACCAUUUUUUUUCUAUAAAGUUAUCGAACCAAUCAUCCGUGAAGAACUUGGACUAUCGCGUGAUAUUGUGAAACAUUUGAAUACGAUUGAGGAACAAAUUCUUGAUUGCCUUGCAUGGACAAAAGAUUCUCCUUUAUGGGUUUUGCUAUCAAAAACUUCUUCUCCUACUUCCGCCGAAGUUUCUUUGGAUUUUUUCAACAGCAAUCAAGAUGGCCGUGAAAACUCUGCACCGUUCAUGAAAUCGCCGGUUAUUCGUUCGGACACAAAUAAUUUAACGAAUGUUAUUUAUAGUGGUUUUCCAGGAGGAAAUGUUAAACGGAAAUUAUUCACUAACAACAAUGCCGACGCUUCAAAAAAUAUAACACCACAGACUCCGGUGUGUCAAGAUGUAUCGGUUAUACGUUCGACAAAAUCGAUUAUUCAAACAAGUACUCCGGUCAAACAAGAAAGCGAUGAAUGCCUAGUUCCCAGCCCCAAGUCUACAAUAUUGUCCACACCAGUCAGCAAAAAUCAACGCAAUUCUCAAAUUGCACUGUUCUUUCGUAAAGUUUAUUCACUAGCAUCACAUCGAUUGCAAGAUCUAUUUAAAAGAUUACAAAUAACAUCUGAUGAGGUUAAACGCAAAAUAUGGACUUGUUUCGAAAAUGCUAUACAAGCGCAUACUUAUCUAAUGUGUGAUCAUCAUCUGGAUCAGAUAAUAAUGUGUUGCAUCUAUGCUGUAGCCCGAAUCAAUAUUAACAGCGAGUGUACCAUUACAUUUGCUAAUAUAAUAGAUAAAUAUCGACUUCAACCACAAGGUUCUAGUAUUGUAUAUCGAAAUGUUUUGCUAACAGUUGCGAAAAAACUUGAUUCUAUUGUUGAGCAUCAGCAAUCGGAAACGACUGCUUCCAGCUCGCCUGAAACGAAUGAGAAAUUUGGUUCUGUAAUUGACUUUUAUAAUAAAAUCUUUGUACCAAAUCUCACAUCAUCUUACAUAUUGCAAUUCUCUUCUGAAGAAAAGAAUCCGAAUGUAAAAUUGUCACCAAUGCCUCGAAAUAAAUUCGCUUCAUCCAACAUUCAAUCGCCAUUGCGUUGCGUUCCAAAUUACCCGGUUUUUGUAUCACCAUUACGUCAAUCUACAUACGUGUCCCCAAGCAAAAAUAUUACCUAUCGUUUCCAAAAUAAUUUGACUACAAGUAAAGAUUUGGAACAGAUCAACAAUAUGAUGAAAUUAAGCACUGCUGCUCAUAAUAAUCCGCAUAUGUUGACAAUGCCAAGUAGCAGCCUUGGUAAUCAUAAUAGCCAUCAUCGUGAUAUGAAAGCAUCGAUUGCGACCGCAAUGAUUUCUAUGUCUUCACUCGGUGGUGCCAAACGAAGCGUUUCAAAACGGAUUCUGCAAGAUGAUAAUGAAAACGGUGGUAAUGUUAGUGCAUCGCCAAAAAAAAUACCUCGUAGAAUCAAUCUUAAGAUUCAUGAAAUCUUUUCUGAGCGACAAAUAAUAAGUGGAUCCUCAUCUGCCAAUGCAAGUACUAGUGUUAGUGGUGAUGAAUCUAACGAUUCGAUUCAAUUCAAUAAUCCAAGCGCUAAUGGUAAUAUGAACAUAUUAGCUCCUAAGUUGGAAAUCAGUAAUAAAGCGGAUGGUCAUCAUCAUCAAAAAUCUUCACGCCCUAUAUUUGGAAACGAAGAUCACACAUCGAUUUCGCAAAUCGAAUCACCAAUCGUUCAGUCAUUUCCAAAGCAUCAGCCAAUUUCACAGCCAGUCGUCGCACAAAUCAUUCAACAGCAAUCAAAUGGCGAUAUGGAAUCGACUGCUGCUACCGCGGCCAUCGUUCAUCAUCAAAAUGUUAUUGUUCCAGUGACGACCAUCACCAGCAAUCUGAUUCGAGCUGAUCAUGAUAUCAUUUGUUAAAUUUUAAUUAAGUUUUUUGGAUAAUCGCAUUUUUUUAAUCAACCUCAUCAUUAUUUACACAUUUCGGUAGACAAUGAAUCCAAUCCAAAUUUUUCAAAUAUGAUUUCAGGUUUUUUAUUUUUAUU